CGCUAAUCCUUUUUGGAAGGACCUUAUAAAAGUGCGCGGAUUAGCAGGCUGUCUUUUGCAAAAGAUUUGUGUAAAAUUGGUGCGCGGAAAACACGCAAAACUCGCGUGUUCGGGUUGCAAUUAUCGGACAACCUCUUCCUUGGCACAUUUUCCUUUUUUACUCUUGCGGCUUAGGUAGUCGCCUUAGGUAGUUUCCCGGAAUCAAGUCAAGUUAAGCUGGGCUACCUGAAAAUCCCUGACCAGCUGGCGGGGCUGCACUAAAACUGUUGCAGGUAGUUCCUAGAAACCAACCUAUAUAAGGUAUGCUUUCCUGGCAACAGCAUCACAUUCAUCGUUCAACCGUCAACAUGAGCAUCAGCACUUUCAACUUCCAGUUCUACAACUACAAGCUGAGCCCCUCGUCACCGAGCUUCGGCAGUCCGGCCUCCCGCUCCUCCUCCUCGUUUGUCAGCGAACUGGAAAUGGACAUUGACGACAUGUCAACCCAGCCAACCAUCACCUCUACGCCAAAGCCGCGCUUUACCACCCGACUGGCCGUGGAAUUGGCCAAAACGGAGCCCGGUAAUGGCAUUUCCCCACUGCGACCUAAAUUGCACACGGCCCAAAAACGCUGGUCCAUGGAGCUGAGGGAGAAGGUACUGGAAAUGUCCAAGCGAAAUAAUGGCCAGGAGAAACCACAAGCCGCAGAGCAACAGGAGAAACACGAACCACUGCAACAGGAACCCCCGCAACCGGAGCAUCAGGAACGCACGGUCACCGACAAAAUCAACUUCUUCAACAAGCUGACAAACACCUUUGAGUCGGGUUUCAACAAAAUGCUGCCUCAAACUAGCUCCACCAACAAUCGCUUCAUAGCAAUGUUGCGUUCCAGCCGUCCGCAGCACGUUGCGACCACCGCCAACAGCAGCACCUCCAACAGUUUCCUGGGCAGCAACCACAGUCUCAGUGGCUCGGUGGCCAGUCAAGUGCCACCACCCAAGCCCAAGAGACUGGCGGCCACCGCCUCCCACUUUGCCGUGCCCCUGGUACCCGGAAUGGGUGGAAGCCAGCGCAAGUGCUCCCUGCGCCGCAAACCUUCGAUGGACAAGUCCAGGGCCACCAUUUUGAGACAGAGCACCUCUGUGCGAGCCCAGAACCACGCCAUCAUGGAGGACCUAAGCCUGGUGGUUCCUGUGAGAUUGCGCAUCGCAGAGUACGAGCAGCGCAUCUCGAUGAGUGCCUGAGCUCAGACAUCCCAAAACCCUUUAUUUGUAUCCCAGGGAUAGAAUUUACUUUAACUUAAGUUAGCCUAAGCUUUUAAAGACAACUCAAAUAUAAAAUAUCUGAAGCAAUCAAUAUGAGAUUUAUUAUUCGAAAGGAGAAAACAAUAAGCUAUAUUCAAAAGUUUGGUAAAAAUGAUUUAAAUCAAGAGAUCUAGUAAAUCAUCGUUAUCUAUAUAGACAUAAGGUCUCAAAUUAUUCCUGAACUAAGUGUGUAAGUCGUGAGUCAUCACGUUAGAUUCUAUUUCAGAUUUUGCCAAAGCUCUCCAACCAAUCCUUUUUUUUAUCACAAAGUCAAUCGAAGAGCGCUGACUAACACGAGAAAGAAUUCCAAUUCGAAUAGCCAAUAUAUCAGUCCUGGACGACUGAUAAAACAGAGUU